CCGGUCGACUGCCCGGUGGAUCCCGCGUGGUGGAGUGCUCGCUUCCGGGGUCGGGUAGCUAAGCUGAGAUGCAAUAAUCGCAUAUUCGAGGAAUCUUUGAGAAGUUCAUGGGACGUGGCUCUGGCUCCAUUGCCCAGGCACGUAAAGGCGGGAGAGCUGGUGUGGAGGCCGUCUCGGCACGUGUGGCUGCACAGGGAUGGAUUCUUCCUUGUCUUCAUCUGUGGCGGGUUUGGGCACAAUGGACCCACAGCUGCAGCACUUCAUCCAAGUGGAGACCCAGAAGCAGCGCUUCCAGCAGCUGGUGCACCAGAUGACCGAGCUUUGCUGGGAGAAGUGCGUGGACAAGCCUGGGCCGAGGCUGGACAGUCGGGCUGAGGCCUGCUUUGUGAACUGCGUGGAGCGCUUCAUUGAUACGAGCCAAUUCAUCUUGAAUCGACUGGAACAGACGCAGAAAGCCAAGCCAGUCUUCUCAGAAAACCUUUCUGACUAACAGCAUUACCUCUUUGGGAAGGAAGGGUAGUUCAGGCAUGAAGAGCCGUUGAAGGAAUGAUUGAGUAAGCAUGAUGGGGAGCUUGGUUUCCAGGCUUUGUCGUGCUUGCAACAUCUUGUCAUUGAAGAUGAACAAAGACCAGUCAUUUGUUUGCUGGAUUUGUAGCUCAUGUGUAAUUGGUUGUGCUUUUUUACAUUUUUGUGUGAAAAUAAUUGAGUGGGAAACUCAGAUGUUUGUUACUGUAUUAGGGGUUGCACUUUUCUCAGUGUCCCCUUUAGUACUUGUUACAAUUUGACAGUGAAACAAUUUUUCUAUAGUUUGAUAGUAAAAGCAAAAUCUCA